GAGAUCGUUCAGGCGGGCACGCCGUGCCUGCGCGAGAUCGCGGAGGAGGUCCCGCUCUCCUCCAUCGACACCGCGAAGACGCAGGAGCUAAUCCAGGAGAUGCUGUCCAUCUGCCGCGGACGCGGCGUCGGGUUAGCCGCGCCGCAGAUCGGCGUGCCGUAUCGAAUCUUCGUCCUCGAAGACACCGAGGAAGGGAUGAGCGACGUCUCGAAGAAAGACCUCGAGGCGAUGGACCGGAAGCCGUUCGCGGCGAAGGUGGUGAUCAACCCGGUCGUGACGCCGGUCUCUAACCUCAGCGCGGCGUUCUUCGAGGGCUGCCUCAGCGUCCAGGGGUACCGAGGCUUAGUGCGUCGGUACCUCGAAGUGCGCGUGACGGGAUACGGCGGCGACGGAUCGCCGGUGGACUUCGUCGCGAGAGGGUGGCAGGCGAGGAUCGUGCAGCACGAGAUGGACCACCUGAACGGCGUCCUGUACGUCGAUCGAAUGGACACGCGGACGUUCCGGCGGGUGGACAAGUUGGACGAGCCGCUGCCGCCCGCGCAUCCGGAGUUUGGA